AUGCGGCACGUGAGGCCGCGCCGCGGCGAAGUCUUUAGCGGCCGGCAAGUAGCUACGCACACAGCGGUAGACACAGAUGGAUUAAUAUUUGUCUCGGCGCCUGCACAGACGGUGCAUUUCUCAAGUAGGAGAAGAUGGCAUGUGCUGCCUUUGCCUUCAGCUGUGCUUCUUUCCGUUUUCUUUUUUUUUCACGCUCUCUGGCAGCAGCAGCAGCAGCAGAGCCGUUGCCUCAAUUUGUGCGUUUCUCUCUCCCACGUCUUCGUCGCCGCGCCCACAAGAAGGAUUCCUUAUCGCAAGACUGAGCCACGCCGAUGCAGGCACACACGCACCGCGCGAGGCGCCACGCUCUUCCUCGUGCCGGGGCGCUGCUGCUGCUGCUGCUGCCCCUACUGCUGUGCACGGGCGGCUGUGUUGCGCUCCCAGAGCGGGCCCCCGCGCGAUCGGACCCCUUCGCAGCAGGCGAAGCGGGUCGUGGGGCGUGUGCGUGAGGUGCCGGCCCAAGGACAGGGCGCGUGGCAGACGUACACGGCCGCUGCAGCCCAUGAGGCCUGGACGCCGAUUCGCAUCCGCGUCUCCGCGGAGGACCUGAAGGACACGUCGAAGUACCUCUGCACGCAGGAAAAGCAGCUGCGCCAUACCUUCAAAAAAGACAACUUGCAGGUUUCAUGCAAGGCUGAGGACGUCGUCACGCGCGAGAGGAGUGCGCUCCUGGAGAAUACGAUCCUCCCAAAGGCCAUCCAGCUUCACGCCGAACGCCUUCGCGUGAAGCGGACGGCGGGGAAUCUAAAGAUUGGGCCUUUCGCAGAUACCCACACAUGCGCCAAGCUCACUGCUCCAGCUACGCACAGAGAGCAAGGCGUGCCUGACACCGACUUCUUGCUGUAUAUUGCAGCGGCACCGGGCUUCACGUUCGCUGGGACGUGCUCGCGGGNCAAGGCGUGCCUGACACCGACUUCUUGCUGUAUAUUGCAGCGGCACCGGGCUUCACGUUCGCUGGGACGUGCUCGCGGGUUCUGA